CAAAAACCCACCCAAUCCGCGUGUCAAAACCUCCGGCCUCCGAAGCGAGCGCGCCAGCUCAGCACGGCGGCGGCGGCGGCGGCGGCGGCGACGGCGAAGGGGAAGGCGAGGGGAGAGAUGGACGCCGCGAUGGAGUCGGCGGUGGGGCCGCACUUCAGCGGGCUCCGCCUCGACUCUCGCCGCCUCUCCUCCUCCUCCCUCCCCUCCUCGCCCUCCGCCUCGAGCAGCUGCAAAGGCGGCACGGCCCCCGACGGCACCGCCGCGGCGGCGGCCAACGGGUUCGCGGCGUCCACCGCCGCCUCGGAGGGGAGCAGGCAGCCCUUCGUGAUCGGUGUGUCGGGCGGGACGGCGUCGGGGAAGACGACGGUGUGUGACAUGAUCAUCCAGCAGCUGCAUGACCACCGCGUCGUGCUGGUCAACCAGGAUUCAUUCUACCGUGGUUUAACUGAGGAAGAAUCUGAACGUGUGCAGGACUAUAACUUUGAUCACCCAGAUGCAUUUGAUACAGACCAACUUCUCGAGUGCAUGGGACAACUAAAAAGUGGGCAAUCCGUAAAUAUUCCUAUAUAUGAUUUUAAGAACCACCGCCGAUGCUCUGAAAGUUUUAGAAAGGUUAAUGCAUCAGAUGUCAUCAUUUUGGAGGGAAUUUUAGUAUUUCAUGAUCAAAGGGUUCGUGAUUUGAUGGACAUGAAAAUUUUUGUUGACGCAGAUGCCGAUAUUAGGCUUGCCCGCCGUAUAAGGCGUGAUACAGUUGAAAGAGGUAGAGAUGUCAUCUCAGUGCUCGAGCAGUAUGGGAAAUUUGUGAAGCCUGCAUUUGAUGAUUUUGUUCUUCCUUCCAAGAAAUAUGCUGAUGUGAUCAUACCACGAGGGGGGGAUAACCAUGUUGCCAUUGAUUUAAUUGUGCAACAUAUUCGUACAAAACUUGGUCAGCAUGACUUGUGCAAAAUUUACCCAAAUGUUUUUGUGGUUCAUACAACUUUCCAGAUACGUGGAAUGCAUACUCUUAUUCGCGACCGGGACAUUGCGACUCCUGAUUUCGUCUUCUAUUCAGAUCGUCUGAUUCGUCUGGUAGUUGAGCAUGGCUUGGGGCAUUUGCCAUUUACGGAGAAGCAGGUCGUUACACCAACAGGGUCUACUUACAUGGGAGUUGACUUCUGUAAGAAGCUCUGUGGUGUGUCAAUUGUUCGAAGUGGUGAAAGCAUGGAGAAUGCAUUACGUGCUUGUUGUAAGGGGAUUAAAAUAGGCAAAAUACUAAUACACAGGGUUGGAGAUGACGGGCAACAGCUCAUAUACCACAAGUUACCCUUGGAUAUUGCUGAACGACAUGUUCUACUCAUGGAUCCUGUGCUUGGUACAGGUAACUCAGCAAAUCAAGCUAUAGAACUACUUAUAAGAAAAGGAGUUCCUGAGGAGCGGAUUAUGUUUCUCAAUCUUAUCUCGGCUCCUGAAGGGGUCCAUUGUGUCUGCAAGCGAUUCCCCCGGUUGAAGAUUGUAACAUCUGAGAUAGAAACCGGGUUGAACGAGGAAUGGCGUGUCAUCCCAGGCUUAGGGGAGUAUGGUGAUCGCUACUUCGGCACAGACUAAUCAACAACGGUUGAUACUGCUUCUUCACUGGGGACUUGACAAGAUACCCACAUUAGAGCUAACAUUACCGUGAGAGGGAUAUACUGGUUGUGUUUGGUUGUUUGUGGUAUACUCGGUGGUGUGCAACCAUUGGAAUUGGACGUGUGCUCAUUGUUGCUUCUAUGAUGAACUUUGGGCGCUGAACCAAAAAAAAAAAAAACUUAUCACAGAUUGGCCUAAGGCCCGCACGCGGGAGAUGCCGUGUGGUUUCAGUUGUGAUUUUCUGAUUGAAUUGAUGAU